UCGAUUAGUGUAAUUAAUGUUCAUUUUAAUUUAAUCUUUCUACUUUUAUUUAUCUUAUCCCAUGUCCUCGAGAUGUUUGUAAGCUUUUGCCUUGGAAUUAAAAAAAAAAAAGUCAAAUUUAAUUUAUGAUUUACUCCGUUUGAAUUAUGCAAAAGCAAUUGAAAUUUUAGAAAAUAAAAUAGAGAAAGUACAAUUCAAGAAGUUGGAAACCCCAAGGAGAAAGAAAGAGACAACUUCUAACCCAUAUACUACUCCAACUCUCCAACACAACCUCUCUUCUUUCUUUAUCAUCUCCUUUAUAAUUCUAUACCGCAAUUGCUUGCCUUCAAUUCAAUAUUUUCGGGUCCAAUUUUUUCAUGAUUGUUGUCGGACAUUAUUCAUGGGAGCUCAGAAGAGCAUCCAUGCUGGUAAAGCCAAAAUUGAUGUCAAUGUAGAUUUGAGUCACAAGCUAUGCGCUGCUUUAAUGCUGCCCCCUUUCAGGAAUUCUGGAGGUCCUCUUUCGUUAGUAAUUGGGAGUUUAUGUAUUAAGCACCCUAAUUUAUUUGGUGGAAGUGAGAAGCUUGAUGUGUUUUGGGAUAAAGGAUUGUAUGACACAAAUGUUGUGGUGGCUUAUAGGAGGCCCAGGCCUGAAUGGCUUCCUCAGCAGUCUGUUGUGGUUCAGCAUUCUAUUUCACCUGAGAUUGGAGUUCAUGGUUUGCCCGCCGAUAACUUUUCACAAUCUGGGAGUGGGGGUGUAAAUCUCUGUCGCUCCUCCGUGGGUUUAGAAUUGAGUGAGCCUGCUAGUUCCAACUGGAGCAGUACAACCAGUGUAAAAUUUGAGCAUGUUCGUCCUAUGAGCGAUGAAGGACGCCCUAUAAACCGAGAUCUUGAUGGUUUUCCGGUGACUUGCAGCGGAGGCACCCAUGAUAGUAUGGUGGUGUUAAAACAAGAAACUCGUUAUGCCAGGGCAAAUGAUAAUUUCUUUAGUCGUUUCAGCUUGCAGAUAGAACAAGGAAUCCCAGUUUUGUCCAAAUGGCUUGUUUUUAACCGAUUCAAGUUUGUUGGCACUAAGGGUAUCAAACUUGGGCCUUCUAUUUUAUUGACAAGUAUCACGGGAGGUUCCAUUGUGGGGGAUAUGGCUCCUUACCAAGCAUUUGCUAUUGGUGGUCUUGGUAGUGUUAGAGGGUACGGUGAAGGUGCUGUUGGAACUGGAAGAUCAUGUUUGGUUGCCAACAGUGAUUUAACGUUCCCGUUGAGCAAAAUGUUAGAAGGUGCAAUUUUCUUAGAUUAUGGAUCUGAUUUGGGUUCUGGUCGGCUUGUUCCUGGAAACCCAGCCUUGCGACAAGGAAAACCGGGAAGUGGAGUUGGGAUAGGAUAUGGCUUACGCUUCAAAUCACCAUUUGGCCACUUCCAAGUUGAUUAUGCUAUGAAUAGUUACCAACAGAAAACUGUCUACUUCAACAUCACCAAUGUAUCUUCAUGAAUGACUCUUGCAAGUCCUUUGAAGACCAUGAUGAAGACUUUCCUGAUUAGUUUUUAGCUGAUAUCUACUCCACGAUUCGUUAUUCUUUACAAUCCCUGGUAUCGUCACCUACAAUGUACAAAUGUUGAUGAUGAAGACCAUUACGGCUGCUUGAAAUGCAAGACUUGCUUUCACCAUCAAUUGAAGACACUUGAUAUUUACAAAGUGUUCAAUCCAUUGAUACGAGUCUUUGGUUUUCAUUUUCUAUUUCUUAAGGACUUUCACAAAGUCCAAUUUCUCAAUGGCAUAUUCUUGUAUGUGUUGACAAUGUAAAAGAAGAAACCUUGGAAAUUUUUUUAAUUGAAGAGAUUGAAUAUCUUGCUUGAUGUAGAUCAAUGAAUAU